CUAGCAUCUCAUGUAUAAGUCAAAUCUAGUCAUGGGAAGUAAAAAUCCUUUGGAAAUAAUAGAGUGGUCAAACCAUGAAAUCAUUCCCAAAGAAGACGAAGUUUUCUCCUUUCAACACCAAUUGCCUCCUCUUGAUUUUAGGUAUCCAGAAUCAGGAUGUAGUAAUUAUGAUCUUGAUCCUACUUAUUUGAUGGAUAUCAUUUCAAAGAAUCCAAUCUGUUCUUCCAUGGAAAUCCUACCAGAUCCUACGCUCUAUGAAAAUGGUUUCUUGGUUGGAAGAGAUGAUGUUUUAGGGUUUCCAGAUCAAGAAAUGUCCACCAUGAACUCGUUAAGCUUUCCAAAUCAAGAAAUACCAUUGAUGAACUCAUUAGGUUUUCCAAAUCAAGAAAUGCACAUAACGAACACAUUAGGGUUUUCUCAUCAAACUCAAACUCAACCAGCGAUCAUGGCGCCCAUGAACAUUGACGAUAAAGAGGAGACAAAGAUGGUAAGAUCUGGUUAUGAGAAACCGCAGAAAAAGCUUGAUCAGAAAGGUGAUAAUGGCAAUGGCAAUAAUGGUGGUUGUGAUUCUAAUUAUCCGUCCAGAAUGGCGUUAAGCAGGGAGACGAUUUCACAGUUCUUUUACAUGCCGAUAACACAAGCUGCAAAAGAACUUAAUGUCGGAUUAACGCUUUUGAAGAAACGGUGUAGGGAAUUGGGCAUUCGUCGUUGGCCUCAUCGCAAACUUAUGAGCCUUCAAACUCUAAUCAAUAAUGUUCAGGAAUUGGAGAAAUCAUCAGGGAAUGGAGUCGAAGAGAAGCUACAAGAAGCAAUCAUGCGACUGGAGAACGAAAGAAAGAAAAUGGAAGAAAUCCCGGAUUUACAACUUGAAGACAACACGAAAAGAUUAAGACAAGCUUGCUUUAAAGCGAAUUACAAGAAGAGGAAGACAAUUGGGAAUAAUUCUUCGACAUCAAUUACUAUUUACAGGCAGUCGCCAUCUUCGUGUUCUAGCACUUGUGUUGAUAAUGGCGGUUAUGAAGCCAUAGAAGGUGGUUAUGGUGGUGAUUUUGCAGAACAAGAAGAGAUGAAGUCGCUAUUAUAUACUGACCAGAGUUACAAUAUCAAACUUACGAUUUCAUCUGUCCAACACCAAUUCCACCUACUCGAUCCUUCUUUUAAGAUGGAAGACCAUCUAAUUUCGCGUGUUGAUCAGCUCAGUGACGCUGCUAAUCUGCCGACUGAUACAACGGAAUACGAGGCAUCCGUUGAGAAAGAGCCAUUGAUUCCGUCAACUGAAUGCCGCAUCUGCCAGGAGGAAGAUAGCAUCAAAAACCUAGAAGUUCCUUGCGCUUGCAGCGGCAGCCUCAAGUUUGCGCAUAGAAAAUGUGUUCAGCGAUGGUGCAAUGAAAAACGAGAUAUAAUCUGUGAAAUCUGUCAUCAGCCUUACAAAUCUGGUUAUUCUGCUCCUACACCUCAAUCACAAGACACCGUUAUUGAUAUCAGCGGAAGUUGGGCUAUUGCUGGGACACCUGUAGACAUGAAUGAUCCUCGAGCUUUGCCUAUGGCAGCUGAGAAUAAUUAUGAUGAAUACGAAGACAACAGUACCAGUGCAGCUUCUUUUUGUCGCUCAGCUGCUAUCAUAUUGAUGGGUCUUUUGCUGUUGAGGCAUGCUCUCACAAUCGGAUAUGGUGGUAGUGAUAAUGAUGAUGAUGAUGUUGAUGAUCCUUCUGCCUUUUUUGCUCUGUUCGUGCUUCGGGCAGCUGGGUUUCUUCUUCCUUGUUACAUAAUGAUUUGGGCAAUCAGUAUAUUGCAGCACCGUAGGCAAUCCCAGGAAAGGGAAGCACUGGCGGCAGCUGACGUGGCAUUCAUGAUUCAUUCAGGGCAACAUAGAGGGUUGCAAGUCACCAUUGCACCAGGACCUGCCAUGUCACCGACACCUGUCAUACCAGUGCCAAAUUACCCAUAG